AUGGAUGAAGGUUCCCCCGAGUCUUCAGACUCUGCCUCCUCCAUGGAGGACAUGAAGGCAGGGUUCAGGAGUUCCUUCCUUCCCCAUGACGUGGAUGACAAUAUGUCAGACCAUGACUACAACUUAAGUGCUCUCCACGAGGCUUGUGAAGAGAGUGACAUCGAAGACAUCAAGGUGGAUGAGAUUUCUUCCAAAGAAAGUAAGAUUAACCCGACUCAUACACCAAUUAAAAUCCCAAACCCCAAGAGAAUGAAGGGGAAGGACAACCGUAUGUGUCAACCACAACAGCCCCACAACAUCCAAGGCCCUAAGGAACUCCGGGCGGACCUCAUCCACCCCCUGGGCCCUGCCACUGAGGAGCUUUUUGACCACCUCAGCAACCUCAGCCCCAGAAAUGGAAUGGCCCACCCCCGAGUCCCCAGACCCUGCUUCCUUACCGGAAGGCGUGUCGAAGUAGCUCGUAAUGACACCUGCCCUGAGCUUCCAGAGAUCUCUAAUGGCUGGAAGAGUACGUCUCACCCUGAGCUGGUGCAGGGCACCGUGGUGACCUACCAGUGUUACCCUGGUUAUCAGGUGGUGGGCGCCGAGCUGCUCAUGUGCCAGUGGGACCUCACCUGGAGCGGUGACCUGCCAAGUUGUGAGAGAGUACUGUCCUGCCCUGACCCUGGAAAGGUGGAGCACAGCAGGCGGGUGCUGUCAGGUCCCCAUUUUAACGUGGCUUCAACCAUCCAAUACAUCUGCAACAAGGGCUACACUCUAUCUGGAAACAGCCUGCUCACCUGCUACAAUCGAGGGUCCUCAGGCCCCAAGUGGAACCAGAAGCUGCCCAAAUGUCUGCAGGUUUAUGAGUCCUGCAGUCACCCAGGAACACCCAGCUAUGGGAUCCCCAGUUCCAACAAGCUCCACUUCCAGGCAGGGGAGACCCUCCACUACUCCUGUCUGCCUGGCCAUCAGCUGCUGGGUGAACCUGUUCUCCACUGUGUCCCUGGACACCCAUCUCAGUGGAGUGGGCUGCCACCUGUCUGCAAAGCCCACCCAGCAGAGUACGAUGAGCACGGAUUAGAUGUAUCAACUGCAGACCUACGAAUGGAGGGGACCCAAGCAGCAUUUGCUGUCUUUAUUCUCAUCAUCCUCCUCCUCAUCCUCAUCAUUGGGAUCUACCUCUACUUCUCAAAGGUUCCGAGGAAGCCACUGUCCCUGUCCUCCAGCUUACCAUAUGAAAACAUCACCAGAAAAUCUACGUUUGACAACUCAGUUUACGAGACAACAGAAACAAGAGAAUACGAAGUUUCGAUCUGAAGAUGUCGGUGUGUGUGUGUUUCAGUAUGGACAGAUGAGGAGCCUGCUGGCCUUUUCAGCGUCUGUCAGACUCACACCUUUGGUGAUGCCUCCACCCUGUACUCUGACUCUCACUGAAUAUGAGCCUCCCUUUAUUUACCCAAAAGAGGACACCAUGCUACCCCUAGAAAGGCUGGGCCACCGGAUUAUUUUUCUAGCUCUUCAACAGUAACAGUCCAGCAGCAGCAGUUUGUACAGUUUUUAAUCCUGUGCUCUCAUCCUGAGGACUUUCAGCGCAGUGUCAUCUCAGAAAGCAGAGGGAAACAAAAACCACAGAUGUUACAUUGUGUUAUGUAUAUUAUACACUAUAUGUCUCCUGCCAACACUGAAAGAGCAAUGCUUGGAUUUAUGGGAUGUGUAUUGAAAAUCACACUAUUGAAAAUCACAGCAAAAACACAGCAUCUGCUUUUAUCAUAGACGAC